AUGGUGGCGUCCGAGCAACUGUCGCCCCAGGAGCUGCACCGACGCGAGCGCAACCGAAGCAAAGUGCGCCGGAGCUAUUACCGCAAAAUUUUCAAUCUGAAUGAGCUGCGAGCGCAAGUGGAGACCCUCGAAGACGAAUACGAGCGGCUGCUGCUGGCGCAGGAGCGCAGAGCGGCUUUCCACGCGGCACAGGCCUUCAGUGAGACGUUGAACGAGUCCGACACGCAGUCGCUGUUGGACAUGACGUUGGAGCCUUUGGAGGAGCUUGAAUCUCUCGGUGAGUUGGAGACCGUCGAACCACUGCCACUGGUAGCGGCGGACGAGCCUCCUGCUAGUCGAGAGAAGCGGCUGUUACAGCUGGCACGUGUGCGGAAAACGCUGUACGAAGAGAAUGAGUCGCUGCGAGACCGAGAAAUGACCUUCGCCAAGGCUUACGGAAGUCUUCAACACCUCAUGGAUGUUCACGCUGAAGACGAUGACGAGAACAACACCAUGUCGAAGCGCACACAGCUCAUGGUCUGGAGGAAAUUCAAAAUUAACGAAUGCCUCGAGAUCAACCGCGUCGCGUACGGCCGAAUAAUGGCGGACAUCGAGAAACAGCGCCAUAAACCGCACAAAGGGACAACUUUCGGCUGGACGGACCGGAGGAGACUCGAUGACGGCGUCAUGAGCUACUGUUUCUCCAAGUUAUUUGCCAAUCGAUCGUCCGCAGAGCUGGCUGAGAAUACGUGGCAGCUCGCCACAGACAUGAAGAGCACGAGCCGCUUCUUCUCCGUGUUCCUGAACGUGGACGUGCACAUCGUGCAACAUGUUGACAUGAACAACGUCGUGUGUAUGCGCACCGUGAACCAGGCGGAUCACGAUGUGGUGCUGAAAAGCCUCUAUUUACUCACCCGCUUCGAAACGGAGAAGGGAAUCAUUAUACUCGUACAUGGACUGGAUCCCUCGCGACUCGAGGACGAUUUCACUACACUCGCGAUGGUGGGGAAGGCUGAGAUGUGGCAGGACGACUUUCGCUGGAUACUGCUGGAAGACGAAGAGGGUGGGUGUCGUAUGUCCUAUGGAGGGUCAGUGUUGGUAGAACAUCCAUGGGAGCAGUUUUGGCUCUGCGAAGUGUUGUUGUUGACGUUGCGCUGGGAGAGUUCUGUCGUCGCGCCACUCUUCUCGCUACGGUGCAAUUAA